UUCCUGUAAAAGAUAGGCUGAGCGAGCCCCUAUAUAAGUGUUGUAGGAGGCGGUCGCAGCUUUCCCCGGCAGUCAGCGGAUCGGGACACGGAAAGCUGGCAGGCUGAUAGAAGCACUCAGCUCACCGGACGGACUUUCUGGCUUUUGACCCUUUAGCUGUGGUUACACGGAUUUGCGUGGGACAAUGAGCUCGGUGGCGGUUCUAACCCAGGAAAGCUUUGAUGAGCAUCGCAGCGGGCUGACGCAGCCGCCGGUCAGAGUGGCUACUGUUGGAGCAUCUGAGGAUGAGACGGAUCCCCCAACUUACAAAGAUGCAUUCCCACCCCUCCCAGAAAAAUCUCUUGGCAAUGAGAAUCACUCCGAGCCCGCAGGAGCUUGGAGCAAGAUUCGGCCAAUCAAGUCUUCCGUUAUCACUCAGGUGUUCCAUGUUCCCUUGGAGGAGCGUAGAUACAAGGACAUGGCUCAGUUUGGGGAGGGCGAGCAGGCAAAGAUCUGUUUAGACAUCAUGCAGAAGACCGGUGCUCAGUUGGAACUCUCUCUGGCCAAGGACCAAGGCUUAUCCAUAAUGGUAUCUGGAAAACUCGACUCUGUCAUGAAGGCUCGCAAAGAGAUAGUUACCCGGCUGCAGACACAGGCUUCUGCCUCAGUCGCUAUCCCCAAAGAGCACCAUCGGUUUGUAAUCGGCAAGAACGGAGAGAAGCUGCAGGACCUGGAACUGAAAACCGCUACCAAGAUCCAAAUCCCUCGGCCCGAAGAUGCCAGUAACCAGAUCAAGAUUACUGGCACCAAAGAGGGCAUUGAGAAGGCGAGACAUGAGAUCCUGCUCAUCUCAGCCGAGCAGGAUAAGAGAGCAGUGGAACGAUUUGAGGUUGAAAAAGCCUACCACCCAUUCAUUGCGGGACCCCACAACAAAGUAGUAAAUGAGAUCAUGCAAGAGACUGGAACAAGGAUAAACAUCCCUCCACCCAGCGUCAACAAGACUGAAAUCGUGUGCACAGGGGAGAAGGAACAGUUGGCUCAGGCUGUGGCAAGAAUCAGACAGAUCUAUGAGGAGAAGAAGAAGAAAACGACCAGCAUUGCUGUGGAGGUGAAGAAGUCUCAGCACAAGUAUGUGAUUGGACCCAAGGGCAACAGUCUGCAGGAAAUCUUGGAGCGCACAGGGGUGUCUGUAGAGAUUCCACCCAGUGACAGCAGCUCAGAGACUGUCAUCCUGCGGGGAGAGCCUGAAAAAUUGGGCCAAGCUCUGACAGAAGUUUAUGCGAAGGCUAACAGCUUUACAGUGGCCACUGUCUCUGCUCCCUCAUGGCUGCACCGAUUCAUCAUUGGCAAAAAAGGACAGAACCUGGCAAAGAUCACACAGCAAAUACCAAAGGUGCAUAUUGAGUUUACAGAAGGAGAGGAUAAGAUCUCUUUAGAAGGCCCCACAGAAGAUGUGACAAUAGCUCAGCAGCAGAUGGAAGCUCUUGUCAGGGACCUGAUUUCCCGUAUGGAUUUCACGGAGAUAAAUAUUGAUCACCGAUUUCACAGGCAUCUUAUUGGAAAGAGCGGAGCAAACAUUAACAGAAUUAAGGAUCAGUACAAAGUCUCUGUGCGGAUUCCCCAGGACAGUGAAAAGAGCAAUCAGAUCCGGAUUGAGGGUGAUCCCCAGGGGGUGCAGCAAGCCAAGAAGGAGCUGUUGGAAUUGGCAUCUCGUAUGGAGAACGAACGCACAAAGGAUUUGAUAAUCGAUCAAAAAUUCCAUCGAACAAUAAUUGGCCAAAAGGGAGAGCGAAUCCGGGAGAUCCGUGAAAAGUUCCCAGAGGUCAUCAUUAAUUUCCCAGACCCAGCUCACAAGAGUGACAUCGUACAAUUGCGAGGGCCCAAGAAUGAGGUGGAGAAGUGUACCAAAUACCUGCAGAAGAUGGUUACUGAGAUGACAGAAAACAGUUAUUCCAUCUCAGUGCCAAUCUUUAAGCAGUUCCACAAGAACAUCAUUGGAAAAGGUGGUGCCAACAUCAAGAAGAUCCGAGAAGAAUGUAACACUAAGAUUGACCUGCCAGCUGAGAACAGCAACUCGGAAAUGAUUGUGAUCACUGGCAAGAAAGCGAAUUGCGAGGCUGCACGAGAGAGAAUCCUGGCGAUUCAGAAAGAACUGGCAAACAUCGCUGAACUAGAGGUGAGCAUUCCAUCCAAGCUGCAUAACUCGCUCAUUGGAGCCAAGGGACGCUUUAUCCGCUCAAUAAUGGAGGAGUGUGGGGGAGUGCAUAUUCACUUUCCCAGCGAAGGCUCGGGCAGCGAUACGGUGAUCAUCAGGGGACCUGCGCAGGACGUGGACAGGGCCAAGAAACAGCUGCUGCAGCUUGCUGAAGAGAAGCAAAUAAAAAGCUUCACAGCCGAGCUCCAGGCAAAACCAGAGUACCACAAGUUUUUGAUUGGUAAAGGUGGCGUUAACAUCCGCAAAGUGCGUGACCAGACAGGGGCCCGCAUCAUAUUCCCCACUGCGGAUGACAAGGACCAGCAGAUCAUCACCAUUGUGGGCACAGAGGUGGCAGUUAAAGAGGCCCAGACGGAGCUGGAGAACCUGAUAAAGGGCUUGGAUAAUAUUGUUGAAGACACAAUGGCUGUAGACCCCAAACACCAUCGCCACUUUGUGAUUCGCAGAGGACAGGUGCUAAGGGACAUUGCUGAGGAGUAUGGUGGCGUAACUGUCAGCUUCCCACGUUCUGGAGUACAAAGUGACCGUGUCACACUCAAAGGGGCGAAGGAAUGUGUGGAGGCUGCCAAAAAAAGGAUCACUGACAUCAUUGAGGACCUGGAGGCACAGAUCACUGUUGAGUGCAUGAUCCCUCAGAAAUAUCAUCGGUCCAUCAUGGGUCCUAAAGGGUCUCGAAUCCAGCAGAUAACACGGGAAUAUAAUGUGCAGAUUAAGUUCCCUGACCGUGAGGAGAAUCCUCAGGGUGCCCCCAAUGUAGAUUUACCAGCUCAAGAGAACGGCGAGGAAGCUCCAGAGCCUAAGGCUGACCCUGAAUCCCCCAAAAAAUGUGAUAUUAUCACAAUCUCUGGACGCAAGGAGAGGUGUGACGCAGCUACCGAAGCUCUGAGGGCUCUUGUUCCUGUCAGCAUUGAGGUUGAUGUCCCAAACGAUCUGCAUCGUUACAUCAUCGGGCAGAAAGGAAGUGGCAUUCGCAAGAUGAUGGAUGAGUUUGAGGUGAAUAUCCAGGUGCCAGCCCCUGAAUUGCAGUGUGACAUAAUAACCAUCACUGGCCUCUCUACCAAUCUGGAGCGUGCUAAAGCUGGCCUUCUGGACAGAGUGCGCGAGCUACAAGCGGAGCAGGAGGACAGGGCUCUUCGCAGUUUUAAGUUGCUGAUCUCAGUAGAUCCCAAGUUCCAUCCAAAGAUCAUUGGCCGUAAGGGAGCGGUCAUUAGCCAGAUCCGCACAGAGCAUGAUGUCAACAUCCAGUUUCCAGACAAGAAUGAUGAGAACCAGGAUCAGAUUAUGAUUACUGGUUAUGAAAGAAAUACAGAAUCUGCCAGAGAUGCGAUCAUGCACAUUGUUGGUGACCUGGAACAAAUGGUUUCUGAGGAUCUCACCUUGGACCACCGCGUCCAUGCCCGCAUAAUCGGCGCACGGGGAAAAGCAAUACGCAAGAUCAUGGAUGAGUUUAAGGUGGAUAUCCGCUUCCCUCAGAGUGGCGCUUCUGACCCCAACUGUGUGACUGUGAUGGGCAAACCCGAGGAUGUGGAGGAAGCAAUUUAUCACUUGUUGAACCUGGAGGAGGAAUAUAUGACUGAUGUAGCGGAGAGCGAGGUGAUGCAGUCUUACAUGAAGUCCUCUUCUCAGGAAGAUAGCAAGCCCCAACAAUCCAAGGGCUUUGUUGUCCGAGAUGCACCAUGGACAGCAGGAGGCAGCAAUGAGAAGGCUCCCGACAUGACCAGCUCAGAGGAUUUCCCCAGCUUUGGCGCACCAGUCGCCCACAAAACCUCUCCUUGGGGUCCCAAGAGGCAUGGUGGUGGGAAAGGCCUCCUGCCUGCAGACAUGUCUGCUUCCUGUUAAUUCUCCAGUUCCUGUGUCAGAUUCACUUGCCCCAGUCAUCUUGUUGUUCCCCCUCUCUGCCCCUUUCCUCUGCAUCCCAGGAUUGUUUGUACCGAGUCGCUCCCGCCAUUUCCUGCGCAGGGAUUUAUCUGGCACUCUUUUCUGGUUUCUCACUGACAGGAUUAAAUCUGCAUUUCAUUGGAAAAUGUAUAUGUAACUGCAUUCACGUGACAAGUGAUGCAAAGUUAUCUUCACACUUCCAUCCAGAGCUGCUUCCAUCGUGCCCCGCUCCUUCUGCCAUGUUCACUUUCUGUGGUGCUUGGUCUCAGUGGUUUAACGUCAUUUUACAAAGAUUCUCUCCGUUUUUGGGACCUAUAUUCAUUGUAUAAUGGGUUACAACUGCUUCAUGUAUUUGGAUAAAUGCUCGUUUUGUGGGAGAAAACGUGUCUGACAUCUGGAAGUGUGCAGCCAUACUUGGGGAUUUUUUUCUUUCUUUUUACAUAUUUUGCAUGAAAUGCUGUUUUAAACUGUGAGCUUGUGGGUCCCAUAACACUGACCUGCUACAGACCAGAAUGUAUUGUGAAGUGCCCUGUAACCCUUUCACUGCCAGAAAGCCACAGGGGAUAUAUGCACAAGUGGUGGUUAAGAGCAUGUCUGUCUCCCUCCCAUCUCCUUAUGCGGUUUUAAUUAGGUUACAAAUCAUGUUCCCAGCUUUGGAGAAGCUUGGCAUUUUCUGGUAGCAGCACUGAGUUUAACGUGCUCGUGUUACCGGUCAAUUGGGCACUGAAUGGGUUAUAGAGCCUGUCUGUCCUUUCUUUUGUCCUUUUACCUCUGAUGCCGGGGAAAGGGAUAAUCUGUUUUUUGUCAUUGGAUGGGGGAGGGGGGGUUAUAGUUCCAAGGAGUUUGUUUCCCCCCAGACAUCUCUCCUGCCCCCUUAACCCUCUUGGACAUUUUCUUCUUACUGUGCCUCAGUAUCAACUUCCUGUACACCAAGGUCAGGAAAUAAACAUCCUUUAAAAGCCA